CCUAAAUAUAAAUGAAAAUUCUGAUGUGCUAAUCCUUAACAGUGAAAACUUCAGUGCUGUCCUAAAGGAUAUAACAAAAGUAAAUCUGUCUGCAUUUCACAUGGAUAAUUACACCAGUGAUGAAGACAUAGACGAUGAGUUUGACACCCAGCUCAUCAUUCAACAGAGUUUACAGGAUAUUCACAAGCCGGAAACUACACAGCAGUCACCUGAAGAUGAGAGCUUUUUGAUUGCACACUGUAAGAGGAUAGUUGAAACCAUAGAGACAGGUAAGGAAGAUGUAUUGUCAGGGUUGACCAAGUACCAUUCUGCUUUUGAUGAAGCAGAUGAGAUAGGCUGGCUUCCUCUACAUAAGGCUGCAGUGCAAUUAAAUAAGAACAUUUUGGAAAUAACCCUGAAAGCUUCAAAACCCAGUGUGUGGGAGCAAACCACCCACAAUGGUGAAACACCACUUUUUUUGGCUGUCAGCAAUUGCCUCUUAGAAAAUGUCUGUUUUCUUCUUCUCAAUGGCUGCAAUCCAAAUGCCAAGAAUGUCGAAGGCAAUUCUCCUCUUCUUACAGCUGUUCUACAGGACUCCUACAAUAUGGCCGCCUUGCUGAUCAGCCAUGGAGCAGAUGUCAAUCUGCGGUGUGCCAACGAGAGGACAGCUCUCCACGAAGCAGCCAGACUGGGCAGACGGGACAUAGUGAAGCUCCUGCUGGUUUCUGGGGCACACCCUGACCCAAAGAGCUCCUACGGAUUCACUCCUCUUGCUCUUGCUGCCCAAAGUGGACACACUAAAAUCAUGGAACUAUUACUGCAGAAAGGAGCUAAUGCUCUUGGUCAGGCCUCUGAUUCUUCUUCCAUCUUACUUGAAGCAGCUAGUGGAGGAAAUCCAGACUCUGUGACUCUCUUGCUAGAGUAUGGAGCUGAUGCCAACAUCCCUAAGAAUUCAGGCUACCUGCCCAUUCAUGUGGCAGCUGACAGAGGCCACUUGUUAGCUCUGAAGAUUUUGGUUCCAGUUACGGAUUUUGCUGCCAUUAAGCGGAGUGGCAUCAGUCCAGUUCACUGUGCAGCAGCAGGAGCACACCCCAAAUGCCUGGAACUUCUCAUCCAGGCUGGAUUUGAUGUGAAUUUCAUGCUAGAUCAGAGAAUUCGCAAACACUAUGAUGACCACAGGAAGUCAGCUUUGUAUUUUGCUGUAUCAAAUGGUGACCUCUCUUCAGUUAAGCUGCUUCUGAGUGCUGGAGCUCUGCCUAAUCAAGACCCAGUUAACUGCCUCCAGAUAGCCCUAAGGAUGGGCAACUAUGAGCUGAUAAGCCUGCUGCUACGGCAUGGGGCCAACGUUAAUUACUUCUGCAAAGUCAACCCUUUACAUUUCCCAUCAGCACUUCAAUACACGCUGAAAGAUGAAGUCAUGCUCAGGAUGCUGUUGAAUUAUGGGUAUGACACAGAGCGAUGCUUUGAUUGUCCUCAUGGAGACAAAGUUCAACCUUUCUAUACUUUUGAAGGCUGGACAUCUACAGUUAUCAAAGAUACUAUGUUCUGCGAAGUAAUAACUUUGUCAUGGCUGCAACAUCUCUCUGGAAGGGUUGUUCGAGUGAUACUUGAUUAUGUUGAUCAAGUUAGGAUCUGUUCAAAGUUGAAAGCUGUGCUCCAAAAACAGAGGCUCUGGUCAGAAAUCCAUUUUAUCUUGACAAACCCUCGCUCCCUGAAACAUUUGUGCCGCCUCAAGAUCCGGAAGUGUAUGGGACGUUUACAUUUGCGCUGCCCCAUCUUCAUGUCAUUUCUUCCGUUACCCAAUCGUCUAAAGGCAUAUGUCCUUUACAAAGAAUAUGACCUUUAUGAACAAGGAAUUUUCACGGGAACCUGGUAAUCAAACUAUUCUGGAUGAAAAGGACAACAAACUGCCCCUCACUACUGGCUUGGUUUGGUCUACUGGAAGCAGCUAUCAACCGACUUUGUUCUUCUAAGUCCUAGUGGAAAAGACAGAAAAGAAACUUAAAGUUAAUUGUUUGCAAUCAAAUAGGAAACUAAGCAGUUAAAUACAUACUUGAGAGCCACUUCAA